GCUGAGGAGAGGAGAGCCGAACUCCAUUGGAAGCUUCUGGAGGGGCCAGCACCCCCACAGACCCUUGGGGAGCCUGGCAGUCCUCAUUUUUGCAAAGGGCUCUGGGUCUCGCCAUGCUGAGCAUCGUCAUCUGCGCCGCCUGCAUCCUGGGGUCUGUCUUAGCCCAGGAGCCCCCGGGCCACGUCUCCAUCAUCCUCCUGGGAGCCACGGGGGACCUGGCCAAGAAGUACCUGUGGCAGGGGCUGUUCCAGCUCUACCUGGACGAGGCCGGCAACGGCCACAGCUUUAGCUUCCAUGGGGCGGCCCUGACUCGGCCCGAGCAGGGCCAGCGGCUCAUGGCCCAGGCUCUGGAGCGUCUCUCCUGCCCCCGCGAUGUGCAGCCCGAGCGCUGCGCCCAGCUCAGGGAGCAGUUCCUGCGGCUGAGCCGCUACUGGCAGCUGCAGACGGCGGAGGACUACGUGGCCCUGAGGGAGGACAUCGAGACCCGGCUGCGGCAGGAGGGGCUUCGAGAGGCCGGGAGGAUCUUCUACUUUUCCGUACCUGCCUUUGCCUAUGCGGAAAUCGCCCAGCAUAUCAACAGCAGCUGCCGGCCGGGCCCGGGAGCCUGGCUGCGCGUGGUCCUCGAGAAGCCCUUCGGACACGACCGCCGCUCGGCCCAGGAGCUCUCCAAGGAGCUCGGGACCUUCUUCCGAGAGGAGGAGAUGUAUCGCGUGGACCACUACCUCGGCAAGCAGACAGUGGCGCAGAUCCUGCCCUUCCGAGACCGGAACUGGAAAGCCCUGGAUCGACUGUGGAGCCGGCACCACGUGGACAGGGUGGAGAUUGUCAUGAAGGAGACGGUGGACGCCGAGGGCCGCAUCAGCUUUUAUGAAGAAUACGGAGUGAUCCGGGACGUCAUCCAGAACCACCUGACGGAGAUCCUGAUGUACGUGGCCAUGGAGCUGCCCCGGAACCUCAGCGACCCAGAGGAGCUGCUCCGCCACAAGCUGCAGACCUUCCGGGCCCUUCGGAGCCUGGAAAAGGGGAGCGCCGUCCUGGGCCAGUACCAGGCGUACGGUGGGCAGGUCCAGAAGGAGCUGCAGAAGCCUGCCGGCUAUGUGAGCCUGACACCGACCUUCGCAGGAGUCCUCCUUCAAAUCGACAACCUGCGCUGGGAGGGCGUCCCCUUCAUCCUGAUGUCUGGUAAAGCCCUGGACGAGAGGGUGGGCUACGUCCGGAUCGUAUUCAAAAACCGGGUGUACUGUACCCAGAGCGAGAGCCACCGGGAUUCUGGGAAGAGCCAGUGCCAGCCCAGACAGAUCGUUUUCUAUAUCGGGCACGGGGUGCUGGGCGGCCCCGCGGUGCUGGUCAGCAGGAACCUGUUUAAGCCCUCCCUGCCCCCUGGGAGCUGGCAGGAGAUCCAGGAGAUGCCCGACCUUCACCUCUUUGGACAGCAGCUGGCUGAUUUCCAUGCCUACCGCCCCCGCCAGGAGAGGGACGCCUACUCCAUUCUGAUCUCCCACAUCUUCCACCGGCGGAAGAAUUCCUUCAUCACCACGGAGAACCUGCUGGCCUCCUGGGACGUGUGGACCCCGCUGCUGGACAGCAUCGCCCAGGAGGUGCCCCGGCUGUACCCUGGGGGAGCCGGCAAUCAGCACCUGCUGGAUUUUGAGCAGGAGGGCAGCCAGGUGGUCUUUGUGCAGCGGGAGGUGGAACAGCUGGUGUCCGGCCCCGGCCCGGGCCCAGUGCCUGGAGAUUUCAGCAUCCUCAGGUCCAAGUACCGCAACAGCUCCCUUGUCUCAGCCUGGCCCGAGGAGCUGAUCGCCCGGUUGGCGUCCGACAUCGAGGCGGCCGCUGAGCGGGCCGUGAGACAUCGCGGGGAGUUCCACCUGGCCCUCUCGGGGGGCGCCAGCCCCGUGGCCCUCUUUCAGAGGCUGGCCACGAGACACUACAGCUUCCCAUGGGGCCACACUCACCUGUGGCUGGUGGAUGAGCGCUGUGUCCCGUUGACCGACCCCGAGUCCAACUUCCAGGGUCUGCACGUCCACCUGCUCCAGCACAUCCGCGUGCCUUACUGCAACAUCCACCCCAUGCCCGUCCACCUGCACCGCAGGCUGUGUGUGGAGGAGGACCAGGGCGCCGAGCUCUACGCCAAGGAGAUCUCGGCCCUUGUGAGCAACAGCAGCUUUGACCUGGUGCUUCUGGGCGUCGGCACCGACGGGCACACGGCCUCGCUCUUCCCUCACUCGCCCGCUGGCCUGGAAGGGGACAAGCUGGUGGUGCUCACCGAGAGCCCUGCCAAGCCCCACCAGCGCAUGAGCCUCAGCCUCCCCCUCAUUAACCGGGCCAAAAAGGUGGCCGUCCUCGUGAUGGGCAAAAGGAAGAGGGACAUCGCCCAUCUGGUGAGCCGGGUGGGCCACGAGCCCCAGAAGUGGCCCAUCUCCGGGGUCCUCCCUUCCUCUGGCCAGCUCAUCUGGUACAUGGACUACGAUGCCUUUCUGGGCUGAUGGUGCUCAUGGGCUCACCUGCCCUCCCAUCGUCCCCACUCACCAAAGAACUUGGUGCUCAAUGGCCAUACAUUCCGACAGCCCCCGAAGGGUGGGGAGAGGAGCGGGUAAUAGCUAUGGAUUGGAUGAGAUGAGGAGUAAUCCAAAAAAAAAAAAAAAAAAAGCUGGAUUUAAAGUCAGGAUCCGAGUUCAAAUCCCAGCACUGAUCUACUAACUGUGUGACCUUGAAGAAAUCAUUAAUCUACUCUGGUCUCGGUUUCCUCAUGUGUAAAUGAGGGGGUUGGAUUAAUUGAUCUCUCAAGUGCCCUCCAGCUUAAAUCUGUGAUGUGUAACUACUGUGGUCCCUUCCAACUCUGAGAUUCUGUGAUACUGUGAUUCAAAGGGUUAAUUCAAUGACUACUAUGAAGAGGAAAGUACCCAGAACUUCUAGGACCAUUCCUUCUGUACCUCAAAGGAACUUUUCUUCUCUUUGGGGAGAGAAGAUGCCUUAUAUGAAAAGAAUGAACUGCCACAUCCAGAAGUGCCGGGAUAAUGUGGUGCCAACUGAGCCAGCGGGAUGCCAAGGAAGGUGGUGAAUAGAUGGGAUGGGCUAAUCAGGGGUGGCUUCCUGGAGGAGGUGAGUUUUUGACAUUGGCCUUGGGAAAACUGAUAGGGAAGAGUCAGGGGAAGAUGCUAAGACCAAGAAAUGGUGAAAAUCAGAACCCAGAAAUGAACUCUUUGUCCCUGGGAAGGGGGCACUUAAGUCCUUUGCCUUGACUAGAGCAGAAUUCUUACUGUGAAAUGCUGAAACAGGGAUGGAGAAAGAUGGGAGGCCGCUGGUGGUCAGCCAGACAUUAUCUUCUGUUUCCAUAGAUCUUUCAAUGUCUACAAAGUACUUUACAGGAGCCUUGUGAAAUAGGUGCUAUUUUUAUUCCCAUUUUACAGACAAAGAAACUGAGACUUACUAGUUGAGUAACUAGUAAGUGUCUCAAGCUAGUUAGGUCCAAGCAGUUUAAGCUCCACCCCAUGGCCAAGAGAAAUGAACACCAGGCUCAAAAACUAGUAAUUAAUGCUAUAAGCCAUGUCUUUCCAGUAGCUCCAUUCUAGCAGCCAGGAGCUUUUGGCGUGGGUGGUCUCCCUCUGAUCUGAAAGGAGCAGCCAUGUUCCUUUCUGCCUUAACCUAGAUCACCUGGAGCAGGGGAAGACUGUGGGACAACAGCUGGACCACCGGCUUUCACUCAACCUUGCGAUAUCACUCUCUAAGUGCCUCCUCCUAGCGAAUAUGUCCAUUUGUGGGUGUGGGGGACGGUCCGGGAUCCUCCUAACAGACCAGAAAUUCUGGACUGUGGUUUCAUAAAAUCUCAGGAUUGUCUCCAGUCGUCUCCCAGAGAAUCUAAACAUUUUUUAAACAACUUUUUAAUCCUCUUUUCUUCACAUAGAGGGAAUGUGCCAUAAUAGGUAGAUUUUCAGUCAACAAGCAUAGACGCACACCAAGAGAGAGAGGGGAAUAAUAAUGUAUCCUAUGUAUAUACACAAAUGUGAAUCAUAACUAUAAAAUGUUUUGUUUGCCGUAUCAUCCAAACGUGAACGUAUAUGUAUAUAUGCAUGUGUGUACAUCUAUACCCACAUAUUUCUAUAUACAUCUAUCUAUAUAUACAUUAUGUGUAUAUACAUACUCAUGCAUCUAUAGAGAGAGGUAUAUGUAGCUUUCUAUUUGUAUGCAUGUGUGUGUAAAUACACACACACACACACACAUAUGGGUAUAUACAGAUCCACAUGCACAUCUCCAUAUACAUACAUUUAGCAUUCCUUCCUGAGCAUUAUAAGACCAGAAAAGCUCUGAAAUAGCCGGGGGAGAGAAUCUCAUUAUACACAGUCACACGUAAUACAGCCCUUUUGGGGAGAGGAGCCCUGGGGAUGAUGUCACAGCCAAAUUAAUAGUUGAUAAUGUUUGUACUUCCAUCCAGGCUAAUUAUGCAUAGGCCCUUGAUUAAGGCACGAAAGAGUUGGCCGAGACAGGUAUACUGGUGUGAUAAAUGGCUUCUUCUUUUUGGAAUUCCCCACCCACCCUUCUCCAGUGGACCCAAUUAGAUCAGACUCUCUUAUUUCAAAUCCACAGAUGAAUAAUAGCCUUGACACGGGAUCUCAGCUUCUAAGUUUGCUAAUUGUUCUUCCCUGUUCUGUUCUGUGCUUUUCAGUUUUAGCUAGCUGGGAUAUGAAGGAGAUCAGAUAAUCUUUUGUUGUUGUUAUAGACUUUAUUUAAAAUAGCCUUAGUGAGGAAAAAUCUUAUUAAUUUUCAAGAUACAUGAAUGGUUUUCAACAUUCACCCUUGCAAAAUCUUGUGUUCCAAUAUUUUUCUCCCUUCUUUCCCUCCAUCCUCUCUCUUAGACAUCCAGAUAUAUGUUAAACAUGCACAAUUCUUCUGUACAUAUUUCCACAAAUGUCAUGCUGCACAAGAAAAAUCAGAUCAAAAAAGAUAUCUCCAUUACAAUCUAUUGGAAUUGGCCAUUGUUGAAGGGAGCCACGUCCAACAAAAUUGAUCAUCAGAUAAUCUCGUUGUUUCUGUGUUCGAUGAUCUCUUGGUCCUGCUCAUUUCACUCAGCAUCAGUUCAUGUCAGUCUCUCCAGGCCUCUAAAAUCCUGCUGAUCAUUCCUUAUAGAGCAAUAAUAUUCCAUAGCCUUCAUAUACCAUCACUUUAUUCAGCCAGUUUCCAGUGAGGGUUAGAUACUCUUAAAACUUCCUUCGGGCCUCAGUGUUCUAGGAUGCUGGGAUUGCAGGCGCAGCCCCUCAGAUCUGGAAGUCCCUCCAGGCCUACAGCUGAAUAGGAGGACCCUUUGAAGGCUGCCCUUCCUUCCACUUUGAGACAGUCCUCAAUAGGAUUUUUUUUCAAUGUCAAUUUCUGUAGUGACCACUUGGUGGCAUUAGUGCCCCACAACUUAUUUUCAGAUUUUUCAGCUGCAAUCUGAGGCUGUGAAUGUGGCUCACACUCUGUCCCAUUGCACAGGUGGGUGCAUUCCCAGAGACCACCUAUUUGGGGUCAGAAGUAACUCGGGGGUCAUUGGGUCUAAUCUGCCCAUUUUUCAGAUCAAGAAACUGAGGCCCCUAGGAGGUGAGAUCAGGUAGUGAGCGGUCCAAAUCUAGAGUUCCUUUGUCCAGGGCUGCUUUUUCUUUCCCCAUUGGGGGAAACCAGUUUGUUCAGGCCCCUUGGCCUGGAGCAGGCGUAGUAUGGUCCAGAAUUCCUUUCUGAGCAUUGCGACACCAGAGAAAUGCCCGGGAGAGAGAGCCCAGGCUCAGGGGUGAGCUUGCCAUUGAUGUCAGCAUGUCAAAUGGCUCGUGAGUCACUACGAAUGGAGCCCAACCUCUCAUUGUCCCAUUCUCAUUCAGCCAUAGACUUUCUUGUCUUCUCAUGAUGUCAGAGGUUAUGUAUUGUAAGUCUGUGGGGAGAGGGGGAGAAUAAAAAAAAACCCAAACUCUCUGUAUGCUUUUUUCCUGGAACUGAGCAGCUUUAGACUUCCAAGUAGAAACUUCUUUGAAGGAAACUCUUUCUGCCACAUGUGACCACUUCUCUGUGCCUCUAUUUCCUUAUCCAUAAAAAUGAGGGAGUUGGAGUUAACAUAGGAAGGACCCUUUUUGUUUUUAUUAAUUGCAUCUCUAGUGCUUAGCAUGGUACCUGGCAUAUAGUAGGUGCUUAAUAAAAGCUUAUUGGAUUGGCUUGACAUUGGGCACGUUUCCUCAUCAAGAAAGUCAAGGGGCCUGGGAUCUUGCUUCUGGGACCUUGGGGGAUCCCAACCCCUCUCUGGGGUUCCUUCCUUAUCUGUAAAAUGAGGGAGGGGCAGCUAGGUGGUGCAGUCGAUAGAACACCAGCCCUAAAGUCAGGUGGAGCUGAGUUCAAAUUUGACCUCAGAUACUUAAGACUUCCCAGCUGUGUGACCCUGGGCAAGUCACUUAACCCCAAUUGCCUCAGCAAAUAAAUAAAUAAAAUGUAGGGCUUCACAGAUACAGGGAAAGAAGGCAGACCCCCUCAAGGCCACACAGAUAGAUCUGAACCCAGAGUUUCCGCCUCUGGUAUAUAACACUGUGUCUCUGGGCCUGUCUUGGUAGAGGAAAUUACUUCACCAUGAGCAUCUCACUUUAAUGAAAUCACAGAGAGACAGAGACACACAGAGACACAGAGACAGAGAAAAGGAGAGAGAGAAAAAGAGAUAGAGACAGAGACACAGAGAGAGAGAGAGGGACAGGGAGAGGCAGAGAGACACAGAUAAAGAGACAAAGUGAUAGAGAAAAACAAAGAAAGACACACACACACACACACACACACAGAAACAGACAGCAACAGAGAUUGAGAGAGAUAGAGUGAGAGAAACUGGAAUGGUUUAGACCAGCACUUCUUAAAUUUUUUCCAUUUAAAAUCCCUUUUUGCUGAAGAAAUGUUUAUGUGAUCCCAGGUUUAUAGAUAUAUAAAAUAAUAUCAAAUCAAACAUUUACUAUAAUAAAUUAUAAUUUCAUGACCCCCACAUUCAAUUAUGCACCUAUAUGGGACUGAGAAGCACAAUUUAAGAAGCUUUGGAGAGACCGCUAGAUGGUUCAGUGGACAGAGCACCGGUCCUGAAGUCCAGAGGACCUGAGUUCAAAUCCAGACUCAGACACGUAACACUUCCUGGCUGUGUAACCCUGGGCAAGACACUUAACCCCAAUUGCCUCUCAAAAAAAACAAAAACAAAAACAAAACAGUUUUGGAUUAGACUAGCUCUAAGGUUCCAUAACUAGACGACCAAUAAGGUCCCUUUUUGCCAGAAAUCCUACGUUUUUGCUUUUAAUUUUCACAAUUUACAUCUCUCUCCUUUUCCUUUCUCACUCCUGAGUUAAAAUAAAAUCCAAACUGAGGGGAAGCAGAGGAAGGGAAGGGGAGGGGGGGGGCACGGUGGAUUAGUUGACCUCUGAGAUCCCUUCCAGUUAAAGUCCAGGAUCCAUCCAAUAGAAUGGAAGCUCCUUGAGGGCAAGGUUUGUGUCACCCCCCUGUGCCUAGCAGAGUUCCUGAAUCUGAAUUCUGCCCAAAUCUAUGUCCUGUCAGAAAACAAAUGGAGAAUCUGUUUCCAGACCUCCGCCACCUCCUGACUGGGGUGAAUGAUUAGCACUUGUAAUUGUAGCUGAGCCAGAUUACCAUUGGCUGCCAUGUGGCAAGAACAGAGGGACUUUCCAGACUGUUGCAAGCUGCGUUCUGAUUUUGGGUCUGGAGUAGAUUCCUAAGUGACCACAAAUGGCAAUUUAUGGAGACUCACAUGGGUGCGAUAGCAUUGGAGCCAGAUGGAGGUAGAUAUGGUAAAGCUCUUCAAAACUCAGCUUUUUCUGUUCGGUCUUUGAAUUCUCUGUACUUGGCACAUAGGAGAUACUUACUCAAAUGCUUGUUGAUUGACUAAUCAUGGACUCCUAGUGUCUGGGUCAGUUAGGGAGGCAGUCAGCCAACUAGCAUUUAAGUGUCUACUGUAUGACAGAUACUAUGCUAAAUAGUGGAUUUCUUUUUUUUUUUUCACUUUUUUAAAAAAAAUAAUAUUUUAUUUUUCCAAAUACAUGCAAAGAUAGUUUUCAAUAUUCACCUUUGCAAAACCUUCUGUUCCAAUUUUUUCUCCCUCUCUCCUCCCUUCCUUCUCCCCAAGACAGCAAGCCAUCCAGUAUAGGUUAAAUAUGUGCAAUUCUUCUAAACAUAUUUCUAUAUUCAUUAUGCUGUACAAAAAAAAAAUCAGAUCAAAAGGGGAAAAAAUAGGAGAAAGAAACAAAACAACAAAAAAGGUGAAAAUACUCUGCUUUGAUCCACAUUCAGUAUCCACAAUUCUCUCUCUGGAUGCAGAUGGUACUUUCCAUCCCAAGUCUAUCAGAAUUACCUUUAAUCAUCUCAUUGCUGAAAAGAACCAAUUCCAUCACAGUUGAUCAUAAGUGAUGGAUUUCUAAGGAAAGGGACUAACUUUCCCUACCUAUGAGGAGCUCAUGGCCUAGUUAACGAGAGGAAUAAUAUGCAAACAACUACCUACAAACAACAUGAAAACAGGAAAUAUUAGAAACAAUCAGCAGAGGAAAGGCAUGAAAAUCAAUAGGAAUUAGGGAAGACUUCCUAUAGAAGGUAGAAUAACAUUCCCUUCUUUUUUUUUUUCUCCAUUAUUGAGGCUCUCCCAAAAUAACCAGUCCCUGAAUCUCAGAUCUCAUCUAGUCCAGGUGAUGCUCAAAGAAUACCUGUUCUGAUGUUGCCAAUCAGUCAUAUUUUUUCCAAUUACGUGUAAUUUUUAGCAUUCAUUUUUGUAAGGUUUUGAGUUCCAAUUUUUUUCUCCUUCCCUCCCUUGCCUCCCUCCUCCUCGAGACAGCACGCAGUCUGAUAUAGUUUAUACAUUAACAUCCCCUUCUGCUCUAAAUCUGUGAUCCUAUGUAAGUUUAAACCAACUAGUAGACAAAUAUAUAAAGGGGAAAACGAUUGCAUAUGCUACCUUAAGAUGGUAACCCAUUGGAAUGGAAAUAGCAGGGUACAUAAUGGAAGUAUUACCUUUAUGUUUUCCCGGCACAGUGCCUGGUUCAUGGUUAAACUACUUAAUAAAUGCUUGUUAAUGA